GGAUUACUGGUUCAAGGACCCGAAAUAUCUCACAUUAGUAACCAUAGGGACUGCGCGACUUUUGGCCCCGCAGCUGGGGCAACUUUCCUUCCGAAUUCGACGUUACACUACGCUGAAAAUGACCGUCCCCGAGGUCCUACCUCCGGAUGCGGACCAGCCUCCUAGGAAGAAGCUACACGGGAGAGAGUUCUAUAGGAGUCUGGGAAGUCCAAAAUAUAUUGUUGCACCGAUGGUUGACCGAUCUGAAUUUGCGUGGCGCAUGCUUACUCGUUCGUUCAUGGCACCCGAAGAAUCGAAACAUAUACUUGCAUACUCACCUAUGUACCAUGCUCGUCUCUUUCGAGAACAGCCGUCGAUGCGCAAUCAGCACUUCCAGCCUACUCGUGCAACAGUUGGCGAUAAGAAUGAUGAGUCGCUAUAUCUCGACGGAAACCCAUCGAUAGACCGACCGCUUUUCGUACAGUUCUGCGCAAAUAACCCGGAUGACUUUUUAGAGGCGGCGCGCCAUGUUGCUCCAUACUGCGAUGCGGUUGAUUUAAAUCUGGGGUGUCCUCAAGGGAUCGCAAGGAAGGGACAUUACGGGGCAUUCCUUCAAGAAAACUGGGAUCUGAUCUACAAGCUCAUUAAUAAAUUACAUACGGAACUCUCUGUACCUGUUACAGCAAAGUUUCGUAUUCAAGAAUCAAAGGAGAAGACGCUCGAGUAUGCUAAGAUGAUCCUGUCCGCUGGAGCAAGCAUUAUCACCGUCCAUGGCCGACGAAGAGAGCAGAAGGGCCAUAAUACUGGUGUGGCAGACUGGAGUUAUAUUCGGUACCUGAGGGAGAAUCUACCACCGGAAACGGUUAUUUUUGCAAACGGCAACGUUCUCAACCACGGUGACCUAGAACGUUGCAUUGAGGUCACCGGCGCCGACGGCGUAAUGAGUGCCGAGGGAAACUUGUCUGAUCCAACAAUUUUCAGCAGACCGCCGUUACCUGGACAUGAAGGGCGGGAAUAUUGGCGCGGUAGAGAUGGAAAAGGUGGGUACCGAAUCGAUGCAAUCUUCCGUCGGUAUAUGGACAUCAUUUAUAAGUAUGUCCUUGAGUCACCACCACCGGAGAGGAGACCUUUGUACCUCCCAUCAGAUCCCGUAUCGGAAGAAGAGAACCAGAAAUCAGAUAUUCUCUCCCAGGAAGAGGAAGGCCCGCCCUACAAAAAACAGAAGCGCGAGAAAUCCAAGAGACCAAAUUGUCCCAGUCUCAUUGUGAUGCAGGGCCAUCUUUUCCAACUUCUCCGGCCUAUGAUCUCGAAAUACACAAAUAUCCGAGAUUCCCUCGCCCAUUCUCGACCUGGUGACAUUCCGGCCUUCGAGCAUGUCUUGACGCUCGUCGAAGAUGCGGUCAAGGAGGGUCUCAAGGAAUACGAACAACAUCCCCAGCAGUUUGAGAACACCUCGGAUGCAGCAGAUUUAACUGGUUCCAAGGCCACUAUUGCAGAAUAUAGCCGCCCAUGGUGGGUGUGUCAGCCGCAUAUCCGCCCUUUGCCCGAAGAGGCUAUAGAAAAUGGGGCCAUGCAAUUGAAGAAAAAGGACAAAGCCGGCCAAAGCAAGCUUUUUAAUGACGCUCGAGACUCCCAGCAAGAUACUGCCUCCCAGAGCGCUGCUGAUAACUCGACAAAUCCUUAACAGCCACUCAAAAUGCUCGUGAGUGGAUAAAUACAUCACGUUUAGACUACAUUAUCAUGUUUAGUUGGUGGAAAGCGGCUUACUGAUGAUUCUUUGAAUCAAGCAUAUGCAUAUAAGGCGCCUGAUGGACAGUUUUCUUGAUCAAUCGUAUAUAGAGCAGGUUAUCUCAUUUCUACUCUGACCUCGCAAUAACCGAUAUUCAUCGAUAACUAUCUUCUAAUUCAAACUCG